CCCUUUUAACAUCCACAAUGAGACAUAAACUCCCGCACACUAAUCUCUCCCGAGUCAAGCUCUGUUCCUCACAGUAACACCCCACCGGCCCGGACACUGGACCAGACUCAGGACACAGCAGGUACGAACACAGAGGUUAGCCAAAGGAUUCCAGAGGGAGCACAACAACUUCGUUCGGGCUUCAUGAAAAAGUCUGUUCAUGCCACAAGCAGUUCAAAAGUGGACCUUUUAAUCCAGUGCGGACCUGAGGUGCAUUUCCACCCGAAAGCCUGAGGAAUUUCAGAGCUGAUUAUACAACAACACAUAACAGUUUCUUGAUCACUUUGUAGUUUGAUUUCUAAAGAGAAAACCCCGGACGUCCUGCAAGUUACAACAGAUAAAUUUUACAACCGACUUGCGCCUUAAGGCAGAACGUUGGGUUAUAAACUGUUUUAUCACGUGAAUUGUGAUACCUUUGAUUUCUUGUCUUCUUGUUGGCACCUGAGCCAUGGCUUUUUCUGACCUGCUGGAGCAGGUUGGCAGCACAGGACGCUUCCAGGUCCUGCACGUCACCCUGUUGAGUUUGCCCAUCCUGAUGAUGGCCAGCCAUAACCUGCUGCAGAAUUUUGUGGCCGCUGUGCCGCCGCACCACUGCACCCCCCACGCCAACCUCUCAACGUCAUCCAUGGGUGCUGGGGAUGUUCUGCGGGUCACUGUGCCCCUGGACCAAAACGGCAAACCGGAACGCUGCAGACGCUACGCACAUCCUCAGUGGCAGCUUCUGAGUAGCAAUAGUUCAGAAAGCCUAUGGGAAAAAGAUAUGGAAGAAACAGAGACACAGAGUUGUGAGGAUGGAUGGUACUACGACAUGACAGAAAUGAGCUCAACUAUCAUUACUGAGUGGGAUUUGGUUUGUGACCAGCGUGCACUAAAGCAAAUGAGUCAAACUACCUAUAUGGGAGGGGUCCUUGUGGGAGCAGUAAUUUUUGGAGGACUUUCUGACAGGUUUGGUCGUCGUGUUUUAUUGCUGAUCUCUAACCUGAUGAUGGCGGUUGGAGGAACGUGUACUGCUUUCUCCACCUCCUUCACCAUGUUUUGCAUUUUCCGUGUUUGUUGUGGCAUGGCCUUGUCUGGUCUGGUGCUCAACUCCUUCUCUCUAAUUGUGGAGUGGAUCCCCACGCGUGUGCGGACGGUGGUGGGCACAGGAACGGGUUACUGCUACACCACUGGCCAGCUGAUCCUGGCAGGGGUCGCGUACUGUAUCAGAGACUGGCGCUGGCUCACACUGGCCGUCUCUCUGCCUUUCUAUGUGUCCUUCCUCUACUCAUGGUGGUUCUUAGAGUCUGCUCGUUGGCUGGUCCUGAGCAAGAAACCAGAGCAGGCGGUAAAAAACCUUAAAACAGUGGCUCGCAUAAAUGGACGGCGUGCAGAAGCCGACAAAAUCAACCUUGAGAUGUUGCAAGAGUCCAUGAAGAAGGAGAUGGCCUGUUCAAAGGGGUCUUACAGCGCUAUAGACCUCGUACGCACAUCCACAAUGAGAACCAUUACCGUGUGCCUCUGCGUAGUCUGGUUCUCAACCAGCUUCGCCUACUACGGCCUCUCAAUGGAUCUGCAGAAAUUUGGGGUCAGCAUUUACCUAAUCCAGGUCAUCUUUGGAGCGGUGGAUAUACCAGCCAAAAUCUUGGUUACGAUAUCCAUGAGCACGUUAGGACGAAGACCAUCUCAGUGUGGAGCUCUUGUACUGGCUGGCGUAAUGAUACUCAUUAAUCUUCUGGUGCCUUAUGACCUGCAAAUGUUACGUACCAGUCUGGCAGUGAUAGGGAAGGGCUGCCUGGCUGCGUCCUUCAACUGCUGUUACCUGUACUCUGGAGAGCUGUAUCCCACGGUCAUCCGUCAAAAUGGAAUGGGAUGGGUGUCCAUGAUGGCUCGGUUUGGAGCGAUGGUGGCCCCCAUGGUGCUUCUUCUUGGGGAGGAUACCCCAUGGCUACCUGGUUUCAUCUACGGAGGGGCUCCGAUUCUUAGUGGGAUCUUCGCCUUUUUUCUCCCAGAGACCCUUUCACAACCUUUGCCCGAUACUAUCCAGGAUGUGGAUGACAGAGGUUUCGGAUGGAAAAAAGCCAAAAGAUUACCUGAAAAAGAGGAUUUGGCCACAAAGGAUCCAAGUUGUGUCCUCCUGAAAGAGUCUGCCUGAGACGGUCACUUUACUCCAUUUGAACACACAAACAGAGAUGAUCACUACCAUACACAAGAGAACUUUAGUGUUAAUAUGAUGGAAACAACCAAAGGUUAUCAACGAGUUUCCUUGAAUUUGAAUGAUAAAUGGUGUGAAGUAUAUUCUUAUUUUACUGACUGUAAUUAAUGUGUUAAAAUUAUUAUUUACUUGUACAAAGUAAGAAAUAGUGCCUUGAAUGGAGCUUUCUGCUCUUUAGAAAUCUUUUACUGUUUUAUAUAUGUGUAUCUAUGUAUGUUUGUGAAUUUUUUUGCUUGUUUGUUUUAUUACAUGAAUGAUGCAAAGAAAUAAAACAACAGAGAAUACAAA